GAGCUGAAGUUCCCCGCCCGCGGCGCCGAGACCAACCCGAGCUCCUGGCCCUGGUUCUACCGCAUGAACGACGCCAUGGAGGGGCGCUUGGCCGGCGCGGCGCCCAUCCUCACACCCAUCGUGGAGGACGAAGACGAGGACUGCGAGCCGCUGUCGCCCACGCCGAAGAAGAGAGCGCGCCGCAGCCGGGGCGGGAUGGCCGAGUUCCUGACGGAGUCGGAGAUGGACCUGCUGGUGGAAAACGAAGACAAGAACUCGACCGCGGCGCUGGGAGAGCUGCAGCGCAUGGCCGAGUUCACGUACAAACUGACAGAAGAAGACAUAAAGCGACUCAUCGAGUUACGAGCUUCUAACGAGUCUCUGUUCACGGGGAGGAGGAACACCGCCAAGCCGGCCUGGAGGGGGAUCGUGAAGGGGAUGGGUCUGACGGGGAAGAUAACACCAGACCAGGUCGCCAAGAAGUGGGACAACCUGAAGACCAAAUUCAAGGACCUGAAGUUCCCCCCCCGAGGGAUGGAGAGCCAGACCAGCGCGGCGUCCUGGCCCUGGUUCCAGCUGAUGAGCGACGCUCUGGAGGGCCGCCUGGCGGGGAAAGCUCCCCGUGUGGCGCCCGUGUGGAGCGGCGAGGAGGACGGGGUGUUCGGCUGCUCGCCGCCCCCCCCGGACAGAGACGGUCAGCUGGCGGAGCGCGGCAGCGUGUCGGAGCUGGAGAGCAUGGCGGGGGGGGACAACGCCGCCGAGGCCGAUGGGAGCGUGACCUACAUCGACGCCAGCGGAGAGGAGUGUUCCACGCCAUCAGACCUCUCCUAUAAGAUGACAGACCAGGACACCCGGAGGCUGAUUAAGCUGAGAGCUGCUAACGAGGCUCUGUUCACCGGGAGGAGAAACGCUGCCAAAGCUGCCUGGAAGUAAGAAGCCAUCUUUCAUACGAUCUUACCCACUGCUAGUACCGGCUCAGAGUCCAUGCGAGUAGAGUCCAGGCGAGUAGAGUAGAGUCCAUGCGAGUAGAGUC